UAGUGAUGGAGACGCCGGACUCAUCAGCCCGGGCCUUGUUGCUUCCCUCCGCAGCCGGGCCCCAGAGGAAGCGCGCGGCGGGGGAGGCUGCGGCUGCGAAGAGCAAGCAGCGGGUCCUGGACGAAGAAGAGUAUAUCGAGGGCCUCCAGACGGUCAUCCAGAGGGAUUUCUUUCCUGAUGUGGAGAAGCUCCAAGCACAAAAGGAGUACCUAGAGGCUGAGGAGAAUGGAGACUUGGAACGGAUGCGCCAGAUUGCCAUCAAGUUUGGUUCUGCCCUGGGCAAGAUGUCCCGAGAGCCCCCGCCGCCCUAUGUGACUCCAGCCACGUUUGAAACCCCUGAGGUACACACAGGCAUUGGAGUGGUGGGCAACAAGCCCAGGCCCCGGGGCCAAGGCCUGGAGGAAGGAGAGGCUGGAGAGGAGGAGGAAAAGGAGCUGCUCCCCAGUCUGGAUGUCUUCCUGAGCCGCUACACAAGUGAGGACAAUGCCUCCUUCCAGGAGAUCAUGGAGGUGGCCAAGGAGAAGAGUCGGGCACGCCAUGCCUGGCUCUACCAGGCUGAGGAAGAAUUUGAGAAGAGGCAGAAAGAUAACCUUGAACUCCCUUCGGCAGAGCACCAAGCCAUCGAGAGCAGCCAGGCCAGUGUGGAGACCUGGAAGUACAAGGCCAAGAAUUCCCUCAUGUACUACCCGGAGGGUGUUUCUGAUGAAGAGCAGUUGUUUAAGAAGCCCCGGCAGGUGGUGCAUAAGAACACGCGCUUCCUCAGGGACCCCUUCAGCCAAGCCCUGAGCAGGUCCCAGCUCCAGCAGGCAGCCGCCCUGAACGCCCAGCACAAACAGGGCAAGGUGGGCCCCGACGGCAAGGAACUGAUCCCUCAGGAGUCUCCCCGAGUGAGCGGAUUUGGAUUUGUUGCCACCCCUUCUCCUGCCCCUGGUGUGAACGAGUCCCCAUUGAUGACCUGGGGGGAGGUUGAGAACACACCCUUGAGAGUCGAAGGGUCAGAGACGCCCUACGUGGACAGGACACCGGGUCCAGCCUUCAAGAUCUUAGAGCCGGGCCGCAGGGAGCGGCUGGGGCUGAAGAUGGCCAACGAAGCUGCCGCGAAGAACCGAGCCAAGAAGCAGGAGGCCUUGCGGAGGGUGACAGAGAACCUGGCCAGCCUCACCCCCAAAGGCCUAAGCCCAGCCAUGUCCCCAGCCCUGCAGCGCCUUGUGAGUAGGACGGCCAGCAAGUACACAGACCGGGCCCUGCGAGCCAGCUACACACCAUCUCCAGCACGCCUGACCCACCUCAAGACCCCAACCAGCGGGCCACAGACCCCCACAAGCACGCCAGCCCCUGGCUCUGCCACACACACGCCCCUCACACAGGACCCAGCCUCUAUCACGGACAACCUGCUGCAGCUCCCUGCCCGGCGCAAAGCUUCAGACUUCUUUUAGAACCAGGCCUGGGCUGGGCCCGUGGACACCUUGUGGAGCCUGCAGGGCAGUUGUACACCCAGUAGAGGACUCCUGCCUUUUGGGGACCCAGGCCUGUGCCAAAAGCAGUUGACCAUCCAGGAGCCACAGGAGAAAGACACAUAUACCCAUUCCCCUUGGUGUGAGGCACCCAGGCUGUGCCCCAAGGCCUUGCUGAAACUUUUCUAUUUAACCCCCAUCUGAACUGUCAUUAAAGGACACCUGGUACAGUA